AUGACCGAACCAACGAACACGAACUCGUCCUUCGUACCCCUUUCCCUAACCGACACCUUAUCCAAACCCGUACGAACGCUUCAUUCGCACGACCAUACCAGACCCUCUUCAAGUUCGAAUCACUCGUCUAGCUCGACCUCUACUACUAGUGGUUCGUCGUCGAAUACGAUGGGGAGGAGGUCGAGUCAUUUACCACCACCUUCUUCGUCGAGUGGUUCGAAUGGAGGAGUGGGGUCGAUGGGGGGUGCAGAGAGGGUGAGGGAGUUGGAGAGGAAGAGGGUCAAGGAGUUGAUGUGUGAGAGGUUGGGGUUCGGUUGUUCGGGCUUCGGAGGGGAGGGGGAGAAGGAGAAUGGGUUGAAUGAACUGCACUUGGAAGGGAGCGAAUUGGGGAAGGAGAAGGAGAAGGAUGAGAGGGACAAAGAGGUGAAGAGUUUGAGAAAGCAGGUGGUGAGGUUGAAUGAGGAGAAUAAGAGAUUGAAUGCGAGGGUCAAGGGGCUGCAGGAGGAAGUGGUGGCGGCGAAGGCGAGUGCGAGUGCGAGCGCGAGACAGGGGACGAAUGGUACGACGUCGACGGCUUCGGCUUUGGAAGGUGUGGGAGCGAUUCAGUUGAAAGAAUUGGAGAAAAGUUUCGCAGAGUGAGUCUAAAUACGACGGGAAUUGGUGGUGGUGGCUCAAUGAAAAAAGUUCUUUUCACAGACAAGAGAGCUUGCUCGCGGGCUACCAGAGGGACGCCGAGAAGUCCUUCUUGACGAUCGAGGCGAUGAAGAAACAGUGCGUACGAACCUACUGGUCCAGAGCUAGUUCUAACCACUGAGUCUCGAUGCUCUCCGAACAGAGCACGACGCUACACCGACAUCCUCGCCAAGACCUACGGACCCAACUACGAGACCGAACUUGGCCUCGACCAAGAGAAUGCUUCGUCCUUCUUGACGACGACCAAAGUGCUCAGCGCUACGACAGGUCUCUCGAGUCCGGCGAUGAGGAACCAACGUGAUCGGGUGAGGAAUAGGAUGAGCUUUGGUGGGGCUGCUGCAGUGGUGACGCCUAUCGCUUCGAGGGUAGAGGGGAUCGAGCAUGGGAUUGUAGAGGAGGACAACGAGGGAGAAGGGACGGAUCGGGGACCUUCAAGUGCCGAUGCGAGUGCGAGUGCGAAAGAGGAAGGUGCGGUCGAACAAGCACGGUACGAGAUGUUGAGAGGGUACGUCGAAGGUGUGCAGACCUUGUUGAGGAGUAUGGAGCAGAGGUUGCUCAAGAGGGAUUACGAGUUGGAGAUGAUGGAACAACGCGCGAGGGAGGAGAAGCAGUUGGCCGAGGCCAAGGUCGACCAUGUCGAGAAAUUGAUCAGUGGGAUUCGGGUGUGA